UCCAGCUCACUUCCUGGGGACUUGGUGUUAUAGUUUACGGAAAGACCGUGAACGCAGCACUGGGAUCAACUGAAACUCAAACAGCCGAAGAGAAACAGAACAAACAACAACAAGUUUGACCACAACAACAACAAUGGGACUUUAACGCUUUAAAGGCGCUUCCUGUGGGCGCGCUUUUUAACCAAGUGGAUGCCGGGUAACAACUUUUGGUGACGUGUUUGUUGUUAGACAGCUUAGAGAGACAGACAGGUUUGAACCGUGUUACGGGUUCAAUGUCUUCGACGAACUGCGCGGAGGAGCUGGACUUCAGACUGAUGUUCGACGGCAGACAGACGGCAGGGCCACAGCUCAAUGCCGCCCCCCCCCCCCUCCUCCACUCUGGAGCUGCAGACUCACCCUUUCCCCCCCGCUGACUACCAGUACCAACUGCAGGGGCCCCAGUAUGGCUCCCAGGGGAACCUCAGGACCUUCGAGUGCCCGAGUAUCCAGAUCACCUCCAUCGCUCCCAACAGCCAUGUGGAUCCAGGAAGCCAGGAGGUGCUGGCGCUGGACCGGGCGGAGGGGGGGCACCCCGAGGCGUCGUGGGGCCAGCUGUACCUGCCUCUGGACCCCUGCUACCGGGACCCGGCGCUGAGCUCCAGCCCCUGCAGCAGCCUGUCCUCCCGCAGCUGGAUGUCCGACCUGUCCUCCUGCGAGUCCUUUCUCCACGAUGACGUGGAGCGGGAGCUCAGAGACGCCGCUCGCCUGGCCCUGGGCUCCCCCGUUGGGUCCCCUGGCUGCGGGGGUGGGGCCUUCGGGGUAGAGCUGUGGCAGCAGAAGUACCAACAUCCGGGGGCCUUCAGCCCGGCGCUGUCUCCCUACCAGUCGCCCAGACAGUCGCCCCAUCACUCCCCCCGGACCAGCGUCACCGAGGAGAGCUGGCUGACCCGCAGGCCCGCCUCCAGGACGUCCUCCAGACCGUCCUCCCCCUGUGGUAAGAGACGCCACUCCAGCGCCGACCCCCACGCCCGCUCCCCCUCCCCCCACCACUCCCCUCAUCGCUCCCCCAGCCCGGGAGCCUCCCCACGGGGCAGCGUCACCGAAGACUCCUGGGUGGGGAGCCCCGCCGGAGCCCUGGGGACCCUCCUGCUGUCGGGCUACCAGGAGCUGGACGUCCCCUCCAAGACCCGGAGGACGACGGGGCUGCUGGCUGGGCAGGGGGACCUGGAGGCCUUCCUGGACCCCUCCGGGGAGGAGGUGGGGGGCCAGGACGGCCUCGCUGACCUCUUCCUGCAGGUGCCCUCGCACUUCAGCUGGAACAAACCCCAGCCCGGGAACCCCCCCCUGUUCAGAGCCUCGUCGCCCCCCCCUCUAGACUGGCCCCUGCCUAGCCAAUUUGACCAGUUUGAGCUGAGGGUUGAGGUCCAGCCCCGGUCCUUCCACCGGGCGCACUAUGAGACGGAGGGCAGCCGGGGGUCCAUCAAGGCAGCGACUGCAGGACACCCCGUCGUCAAGCUGAGUGGAUACAGCGAGCAGCCGCUCAGCCUGCUGCUCUUCAUCGGCACCGCGGACGACCGCUUCCUCCGGCCUCACUCCUUCUACCAGGUGCACCGCGUGACGGGGAAGACGGUCACCACCUCCUGCCUGGAGAAGAUGAUGGGCGGCUCCAAGGUCCUGGAGAUCCCUCUGCUGCCCGGCAACAGCAUGGCCGCCAGCAUCGACUGUGCCGGCAUCUUGAAGCUGCGCAACGCCGACAUCGAGCUGAAGAAGGGAGAGAUGGACAUCGGCAGGAAGAACACCAGGGUGCGCGUUGUGUUCAGGGUCGCCAUGCCUCAGCCCGACGGACGCUUGCUCUGGCUGCAGACGACCUCCAACGCUGUGGAGUGCUCCCAGCGCUCGGGGCAGGAGGUUCCUCAGGUGGAGAGCUUCAGCCCUUCCUGCUGCUCCGCUGACGGAGGCGAGGAGCUGCUCAUCACCGGAGCAAACGUCUCCCUCCAGUCCAGAGUGGUGUUCAUGGAGAAAGGCCCCGAUGGGAGAUCUCUCUGGGAAACGGAUGCCAGGGUUGUGUCAGAGAGGAGCAGUGGUGGCAGCCUGGUGGUGGAGGUUCCUCCUCUCAACAGGAGAACAUCAGAACCGGUUCAGGUCCAGUUCUGCGUCUCCAACGGGAAGAGGAGGCGGAGCCUGACGCAGAGCUUCACCUUCCUGCCCGCCGUCAAGCAGGAGCCAGACCACAACUCCCACAAUGCACCUGGCCCCCCCUUCCACCAGCCGGUCCCAGACAUGCAGUACUACGAGUCAUGUGACCUCCCGGUGCAUUGUGGGCCGCCUCGUCUCCAUCAUCCUCCUCACACCUCCUUAAUGUUGCCUAACUCCUCCUCCCUACCUCCUUACUCCUCUUCCUCACUUCCUAACACUUCCUGCCUUCCUCCUAACUCCUCCUUACCUCCUUACACUUCUUCAGUACCUCUUCACUCCUCUUACUUGCCUCCUAACACCUCCCCCAUUCCUCCUUACACCUCCUCAAUCCAUCACACUUCCUCCUUACCUCCUCACCCCUCCUCCAUCCUUCCCAACUCCUCCCCUCUACCCCCUCAAACCUCCUCCUUGCGUCCUAACUCCAUACCUCCUCACUCUUCUUCCUCCACCUCCUCAAUCCCCCAUCAGAACUCCUCCAUCCUUCCUCAGAUCCCUUCCAAUUCCCCUCGCACCUCCUCCAUCCCAUUGAUUCCUCCUCAAACCUCCUCAAUGCCUCCUAGCACCUCUUCCUUGCUUUCUCAGAUCCCCCCCAAUUGUCCUCAGACCUUCAACCUCCCUCCCCCAGCCUCGUCCUCCGGUGGACCUCAGAGGAGACCCUCCCCGUCUCUGAGCUCCAGGAGAGUCUUGGUGACUUCUCCUCCCCCCCUGAAGGUGUCUGCUCCCCCCCCGAGCAUCAAACAGGAGCGUGAGGAGCGUCCUGACUCUCUGGGUCUGCAGGAGAUCACUCUGGACGACGUGAACGAGAUCAUCGACAGAGACAUCAUUGGCCUGAGCGGCGUCCAGUUCGACCAGUUUGACCAGCAGCAGCCGUACCACUGACAGCAGAGACUGAAACACACUGAACCUCAAGUGCCUGAAACACCGAGCCGCCUCCCUGAGGAACACCGAGCCGCCUCCCUGAGGAACACCGAGCAGCCGCCUCGCUGAGGAACACCGAGCAGCCGCCUCGCUGAGGAACACCGAGCCGCCUCCCUGAGGAACACCGAGCCGCCUCCCUGAGGAACACCGAGCCGCCUCGCUGAGGAACACCGAGCCGCCUCGCUGAGGAACACCGAGCCGCCUCGCUGAGGAACACCGAGCCGCCUCCCUGAGGAACACCGAGCCGCCUUGCUGAGGAACACCGAGCCGCCUCGCUGAAAACCAAAGACCUCCUCAUGACUGAUUCCUCGACAAAGGGCUGCAACUCCCCCUCCACCCCAUCAGAGACAUCCAAGGCUGAACACCAUCGUUAUUUAUUGGCCAGUUAAUUAUUAAGGAGUUUAUUUUUGAUACUCUGGAUCUGAUCCGGUUUUUAAAAAAGAAAGUCCUUCAGCUGAUUUGUUUUUCUAUUGCUUUAACGGUUUACAUUUCCUCCCUGCUGUCCGACCUCAUGUUGAAGCUGAAGACACUGAACCAGAGAAAUGUAUCGCAAGGGUGAAGUAAAACUAAAGAGAAUGUGACCUGC